AUGGCUACCGCAACCGCAGCGCCGCCCAAGGCCAAGCAUGACUGGGCCGACGACGACGACAUCGAGGAGACCUCCUCCGAACUCCCUCCUCCUCAGACCAUCUCUAACAAAGACGGCACCAAGACCAUCAUCACCUACCGAUACAACGACCAGGGCCAGAAAGUCAAGACGACUCGCCGCAUCCGCUACAUCACCCAAACCGAGACAGUCAACCCCCGUGUCGCACACCGGAAAACGUGGCCCAAGUUCGGCCUGAGCGCCAAGGACCCCCCGGGCCCUGCCCCCGAUACUACCUCCGUCGGCGAGAACAUCAUCUUCCGACCCAGCGUCUCCUGGCGUAAGGAUGCCAAGGAGGAGAGCACCGACCAGAGCGCCCAGGCCAUGAAGGCCCAGCUCAAGGACAAGCAGGUCAAGUGCCGUAUCUGCAACGGCGGACAUUUUACAGCCAGGUGUCCCUACAAGGACACGAUGGCGCCUGUUGGCGAGACGAGCGGCGGCGAUGCUCCCCCCGUGGACGACGUGGCAGCUGCUGCUGGUGCUGCCGGUGCUGGAAAGAAGGGCUCAUACGUCCCCCCUGCUCUGCGUGGCGACCGUGGAGGAGCUGGCGAGCGCAUGGGCGGAUCAAAAUUCGGCGAGAGGGACGACUUUGCGACACUGCGUGUCACCAACGUCUCCGAGAUGGCGGAAGAGUCAGAACUGCGCGAUAUGUUCGAGCGCUUCGGUCGUGUCACCAGAGUCUUCCUUGCCAAGGACCGGGAAACCGGCAUGGCCAAGGGCUUUGCUUUCAUCAGCUUCGCAGACCACAGCGAUGCUGUUACAGCAUGCAACAAGAUGGACGGAUUCGGUUUCAAGCAUCUCAUUCUCAGGGUCGAGUUUGCCAAGAAGGCUCAGUAA